AAGAAAAAUAAAAAGAAAUAAUAACGAAGACAGCUCACCUCCAAGUGACAUUAGACUUACCCAGCAAGAGACGCUUUUUAAGGAAGCUUUGGACAGCCCCUCAUGGGGGCAUGGCGGUGCUGCUACAAGCUUCAAUCAAUCAGCCCAAGCUUUAAAAAAGAAACUUCAUUUUAUCCUUUCUGUAGUAAUUAUUUUAUCUGCAAAAUCCUAUCUGCGAAAUUCUUAAAUUUAUAUUUUAUUUAUAUAUUAAGCUAAUAAUAAGCUUUACCAUUUAACAUUGCUAUAAAGGCAAGAAAAGAACGAGAAAUCUCCAAUUUUUUUCCCUUUUUCUGGUAAAUUGAUCCUUUGCUUCGUCUUUCAGUCUUUGCCUUCUAGGGUUUAUCACUUGUUCCUAAGCUUCCUUUACGUCGUUUUCGUCUUUACAGAGUAACGAAUGAAACUGUAUGCAAUUCAGAGUCACUGCUAGCAAGGAAAAGAACCGAAAUAAGCAGAGAUGGCUGCUGAACUGGUCAAUUCUGCCACAAGUGACAAAUUGGCUGAGAUGGACUGGGCAAAGAACAUUGAAAUUUGCGAGUUAGUUGCUCGAGAUCAAAGGCAAGCUAAAGAUGUUGUUAAAGCAAUUAAGAAACGAUUGGGGAGCAAAAACCCAAAUACUCAAUUAUACGCUGUAUUGCUAUUGGAGAUGUUGAUGAACAAUAUUGGUGAAAAUGUUCAUAAGCUGGUGAUUGAUACAGGCAUUCUCCCAAUUCUUGUGAAGAUAGUCAAGAAAAAGUCGGACUUACCAGUGCGAGAGAGAAUUUUUUUGCUUUUGGAUGCUACACAAACAUCUCUUGGUGGUGCUUCUGGAAAGUUCCCUCAGUACUAUUCAGCAUACUACGAUCUGGUGAGUGCUGGAGUAGAAUUUCCUCAAAGGCCUCAUGCAGCACCAUCAAAUCCACCUACUUCACAACCAAUUAAAAGUAAUACGCUUAAUGGUGAACUUGCCUCCGCCAGACAAGAGGCAGUUGCAAAGGAAGCAGAGCCUCAGAUUGUUCCCGAGUCCAGUAUUAUUCAGAAGGCUAGUAAUGCGUUAGAGGUUUUAAGAGAAGUCCUUGAUGCAGUUGAUGCUCAAAAUCCUGAGGCUGCGAAGGAUGAAUUUACACUUGACCUUGUGGAACAGUGUUCAUUCCAGAAGCAACGAGUGAUGCAUCUUGUGAUGAGUUCUAGGGAUGAGAAGGUGCUUUCUCGAGCAAUUGAAUUGAAUGAGCAACUCCAGAAUGUUCUUAUCAGACAUGAUUCUCUUCUUUCUGGGAGGACUACUGUUUCUAGUAGGCCGCCAUCAACUCUUAAUCAUUUCAACCAUGAACAAGAGGAAGAGGAGCCUGAGCAACUCUUUAGAAGGAUACGAAAAGGGAAAGCAUGUGCAAGACCGGAAGAUGAAGAGUGCUCUAGAGAGCAGCCACACGUGGGUUUGUAUGGAUCAAACAUUCUGGGAGAAAAAGAACGGCUAAACCGUCCACUUAUUCGAACAUUGCCUUCGGAAACAUCAUAUGAAAACAAUGCACAUCCUUCAGCUGUUGCAAUUCCUCCCCCUCCUGCAAAACACAUUGAGAGAGAAAGGUACUUUCAGGAGAAAAAGGUUGACGGUUCUGCUGUGGCUGGUCAUAUGAGAGGCUUGUCAUUACACAGUCGUAAUGCUAGCAGUUCUCGUAGCUCCGAUUUCAGUGACUAACUAGAGGUAGGUGCCUUUCCGCAAUUUCUGUUUGCAAAAUAUCUUGGUUUUUUCUUUGACUGGAGAUGGAUUUACAUUGCCGAUGCUGUCAGGUGUCAGUUGAAAGAACCUCAAGAUAUUUUAAUCAUGUAAAGUGUCGUUACAGUCGGAGCCUUUCUAAUUCAGUGUCCUUUAUUGCUCGUCUGGAAGGUGACCGACUGUUCCAUUGAGUCGUGGCGUCUGAGUUUUUCACAAUCCUUCUGUUUGUAGGAGUGCUUGUAAAGAGGAUUCCUUUCCAACAUUUUUGAGUAUAGACUCUUUGAUGGCAUGGCUAUUAUCUUGGACUCUUUAGUAAAUGCACAGUUGUGAUGGUACCCAGACACGGACCUUCAUAUUCUUUUUUUCUUAAAUUCGACCAUGGCUUUAUAUUUGAUCAUGAGUAUAGAGAAUGAACUUUUUAAAUAUACAAAAAGUCAUUUGGUAAA